AUGAUACUACGCUUCGCGCUUCGCAGUCUUCCUGCCUCUGUUCUGUUUAUGGCCGCCCUGGGCGCGCGCAUCUUCACGCCCGAGGACCUGGUGCAAACCAACCGAUUCAGCGGUUCGGUGGCAGUCGCACCCGACAGCCACGCGAUCGCAUACGUCCAGACACACUACUCCAUCGACACCAAGCAACAGACAACCGAGCUGUUCGUCCAGACGCUGGGCAGCAGGACACCAGUCAAGCUGCUCACGUCAUCAGCUGACUCACGCCUCAGCCCCAAGCAGCGCAUCGACGCUCCCAAGAGCCUGCAGCCCUCGCAGCCAGUGUGGCUAGGCACCAAUACCCUAGGCUUUGUGUCGGCAAAUGAGCAGACCGGUGGCUCCACUCUGUACGCGGUGGACCAGCAAGGCGCGCAGUGGACCAAGCCGCGGCCGGUGGCCGAGUUCCCGGUGGCCAUCGGGGACGUGCAGUACCAUCUGGCAGCGGAUGUGCUGGCAUUCACGGCCGAGGUGCAUAAUGCCACGCAGUCGCUGGAGGAGUCGGCGCGGCUGGACGAGCUGGAGGGCGAGCGCGCCGACUCGGGCAAGGCGUACGAGGACCUGUGGAUCCGCCACUGGGAUACCUUUGUGACCCCGCGGCUGCCGCAGAUCCACACGCUGUCGCUGAAUACUGCUACCAAUGCCACGCGCAGUGCGUCGAGCCGCGACGGCCGCCUGGAGGCCAGCAAUUCGUUUGUGUUUGCACCCGACGGCAAAAAGGUCGCCUUUGUGGCCAAGAAGCCCGGCGUCGACUAUGCAUACCGCACCACCAGCUUCGUCUAUCUGGCCGAUGUCGAUGGCUCCAAGGCCGAGCCCAUCAACGAGGGCGCGACAGGUGCCAGCGACAGCCCUGCAUUCAGCGCUGACGGCUCCAAGAUUGCGUUCCUGCAGAUGACCGAUCCCAAGUACGAGUCGGACCGCAAUCAGAUCAAGAUCUAUGACACUGCCGACAAGUCUAUCCACGACGUGGCCCGCGACUGGGACCGCUCGCCGUCGCAGAUCCUGUGGGCCGACGACAAGACUCUGCUGGCCGUCUACAACGACUGGGGACACAACCGCCUGGCCAAGAUCGACAUUGCCUCGGGUGCUGUGACGCCGGUGGUGUCCAGCCACUCCGUUGGCUCAGUGCAGGCGCUGCCCGGCACCGACCGCCUGCUGAUCGACUACAGCGCGCUGGACUCGCCGACUGACCUGUACACAGUCAAGGUGGAGUCUAACGAGCUCGACCGCGUAACCGAGCUCAACCCGCAGUUCCGCGAGACCAUCUACCUGUCAAAGCCACAGGAGCUGAAGCUCACCGGCGUCGACAACUCGACCAUCCACGGCUAUCUGCUGCAGCCGCCCAACUUCGACCCCGCUAAGAAGUACCCGCUGGCCUUUUUGAUCCAUGGUGGCCCGCAGUCGAGCUUCACCGACAGCUGGAGCAGCCGCUGGAACCCGAACAUCUUUGCCGCCGCUGGCUUCGUCACCGUCGCGCUGGAUCCCCAGGGCUCCACCGGCUACGGCCAGGAGUUCACCGAUGCCAUCCGCAACCAGUGGGGCGGCAAGCCGUUCCAGAGCCUGAUAUCUUCCCUCGACCAGCUGCUGGAGCAGUACGAGUACAUUGACCGCGACCGUCUGGCUGCACUUGGAGCCUCAUACGGCGGCUACAUGAUCAACUGGAUCAACGGCCACACUGACCGGUUCCGCGCUCUGGUCAACCACGACGGCAUGUUCUCGACUAUCAGCAGCUACUACAGCACCGACGAGCUGUACUUCCCCGAGACCGAGUUCGAGGGCGUGCCCUUCGACGACAAGGCCCGCGAGAACUAUGAGCAGUGGUCGCCUGAGCGCUUUGUCAAGAACUGGAAGACCCCCACUCUGGUCAUCCACAGCGAGAAGGACUACCGCCUGGUUGUCAGCGAGGGCAUCAGCGCCUUCACUGCUCUCAGGCGCCAGAAUGUGCCUGCCCGGUUCCUGUACUUCCCUGACGAGAACCACUGGAUCCUGAAGCCCGCCAACUCGCUGCGCUGGCACCAGGAGGUCCUUGACUGGAUCACCACCUGGACCAACGACGAGGCCAGCACUCCGCAGAAGCCCAAGUUCAAGGUUCAGUCCGAAAACUAA